UCAGACCAAGAGGAAGAAGGCAUUGAGAAGCCAGCGGAAACUCACCUGACAGGGAAAAUUGGAACCAAAAAACUACGCAAGCUAGAAGAAAAACAGGCUCGAAAAGCUCAGCGUGAGGCAGAGGAGGCUGAACGUGAGGAGCGGAAACGCUUGGAGUCCCAGCGUGAGGCAGAGUGGAAGAAGGAGGAAGAACAGCUUCGUCUGGAGGAAGAGCAGAAGGCAGAGGAGGAGAGAAAGGCCCGGGAGGAGCAAGCCCGGCGGGAGCAUGAAGAGUACCUGAAACUGAAGGAGGCCUUCGUGGUAGAGGAGGAGGGUGUGGGUGAGAACAUGACAGAGGAGCAGUCCCACAGCUUUUUGACAGAAUUCAUCAACUACAUUAAGCAGUCCAAGGUUGUGCUCUUAGAAGACCUGGCUUCCCACAUGGGCCUUCGGACUCAGGACACCAUAAACCGUAUCCAGGAUCUGCUGGCUGAGGGCACUCUAACAGGUGUGAUUGACGACCGGGGCAAGUUCAUCUACAUAACCCCAGAGGAACUGGCUGCUGUGGCCAACUUCAUCCGACAGCGGGGCCGGGUGUCCAUCACCGAGCUUGCCCAGGCCAGCAACUCCCUCAUCGCCUGGGGCCAAGAACCCCCUGUUCAGGCUCCAGCCUGACUCCAGCUCUUUCCUCUUGGACUUGAAGCUGGCAUAGCUUAUCUGGCCAUAUAUCUUCAUCCCUCCCUACUGUUUUGGGGCAGUGGUGGAGCAUGGCCAUGAAGUUGUAGAUUAAAGGUCUGUGAGCACUGCUGAGCAUUUUCUAGCUUCAUGUGGUAGAAGGCCUGGCGUAGGAUCUCAGAUAGGCACGUGAAAUCUAGAUCUGCGGAUAUCUGAGAGGUGAGGAGGUUUCCUUGCAAGCUAGUGAAUUAUCCCCCCCCCCCUUUUUUCUUUUUUGGCAGUGCUAGGUUUUGCUAGUCAUGUACCAUCCUGCCCAGUCAUUGUGUUUCCCUCAUAAUUUGAGAUAACAGAUAUGUGCCACCGUGCCUAACCAUUGAGAUAGAGUCUCAUUAACUUUCAUGCUAGGGCUGGCCUCAAAUAAAAAUCCUCUAAUCUUUA